GCUCCUAUUAAUGGCCGGCCGGCCGGUCCCCCCGGCCACCCACCUUGGACCAUGCCUUGCUGGCCCCUCCUGGUGAGCGCCUUGAGCGCCUUCCUGGCGGCGCUGGGGCUCCUGCACCUGCGUUGGAACAGCCGGCGCCCCAUCCGCUACGGGAAGCAUGAGGAGGACCAGGGGGAGGGGGAGGGGGAGAGGGAGAGGGAGGGGAGAGAGCCCUCGGAGGAGGAGGAGGAGGAGAAGGAGAAGGGCAAGGCGAGGCGCGGGGCGUCGGGGGAGGGGGGCGCCCACUUGCCGGCCCGCUGCGCCUGGUUCCUGCAGGAGUUGCCCGCCUUCCUGGUGCCCUCGCUGCUGCUGGCUUCCCGCGAGCCCCCCCGCCUGGCGCCCCUCGGGUGCAGGAUGCUGCUGGGCAUGUUCUGCGGACACUACUUCUACAGGACAUUCAUUUAUUCAUUCCUUACAAGAGGAAGGCCUUUCCCACUGAAGACGCUGUAUUUCGGUAUGCUGUUCUGUACCUAUAAUGGCUUCCUUCAAGGUUACUACAUGAUUUACUGUGCUGAAUACCCUGAUGACUGGUGCAACAGCCUCAGAUUUACAUCAGGUUUCUUGUUGUUUCUGUUUGGCAUAGGAAUCAAUAUCCACAGUGAUCACAUUCUGCGCCAGCUAAGGAAACCUGGAGAGUUCACAUACAAAAUUCCACAAGGAGGACUCUUUGCAUACAUAUCAGGAGCAAAUUUUUUUGGUGAGAUACUAGAAUGGUUUGGCUAUGCUGUAGCAACCUGGUCGCUACCUGCCUUUGCCUUUGCCCUUUUUACACUCUGCUGCAUUGGGCCACGUGCUUACCACCACCACAGGUACUAUGUUAGGACAUUCAGCAGCUACCCAAGAUCAAGAAAAGCCUUGAUUCCAUUCAUAUUCUAAAAGGAAAUUCUCUGGAA